CUGGAAAACAUUGCUUAGUAGUCAAUGAAUAUUCUUCCUAUCAGCAUGAGGGAUCGGAUGCUGCAAGUUUUAUUGUUUUUGGCAUUAACUGCCACGAUAUGUUUCGCUCAAGGUGUAAAAGGUGGAUAUCAUUCAUUACAAUCUGAAGCAUUAGUUUCAUUUCCUGCUAAAGAAAGUGGCACGUGUUACAAAAGAGUUCCGUACACACAGGCUUUAGUAGCUAAUAUAUCAAAAGGCUAUGUACAGACAGUGCCGGGUACACAGGACUCACAGCAGGGUUUCAAGUCGGGACGACCCAGUGUAAUAACAAUAAUCGACUGCUGCGAUGGUUUUGUUCGUAAUAGCGAAACAGGCGAGUGUGAGACGCACUGUGAUGAGGGAUGUUUCGGUGGUGUUUGCACUGGACCAAAUAUUUGUACCUGCGACACUGGUUACACUGCCCAAGCGGGUAUAUGUACACCUGUGUGUACAAGACCAUGUCCAUUUAAUUCAAUAUGUCAUGGACCAGAUGAAUGUAAAUGUAAUGAGGGCUAUAUGAAGGAAAAUGGUGAAUGUAAAGCAGAAUGUCCCGAUGGUUGUAUUAAUGGCGAUUGCAUAUCGCCAAAAAUUUGUCAAUGUAAACAUGGCUUUCAACUAAACAAGGCACUCAAUGAAUGUUUUCCUGUUUGCGAGGGCGGAUGUCCACAUGGAGACUGCAUUGGUCCUGCAUUCUGUCGCUGUUAUCCCGGAUACGAGAAUGCCCCAGGGGAUCAGGAGACUUGUGUUCCACAAUGUCCAAAGGGUUGUUUCGGAGGAACAUGUCUUGUUCCGGGAUUAUGUAAAUGCGAGGAGGGUUAUAAUUUAGUUAGGAAUAAUACGUGUGAGGCAAUUUGUAAGAACGGUUGCGAUAAUGGAAGAUGUGUCACACCAGACAAAUGUUCAUGUAAUUCGGGAUUCAAUUUUGAUGAUGACACCCAAAAGUGUGUUAGUUCCAUUUAUGAACCCUACGGUCAGAGGGUGACUGUUCUUCAUCAGGAAAGUGGAAAUUAUGGAAAUUUAGGUGCCGCUCAAAAUAAGGAGGGAACACUUGAUCAACAAACUGUUCCAAUUCGACAACUGCCAGGACGAUACAAUCAACAAUCGGGUUUCUAUAUUCGCGGUCAACAAGCGGGCAAUUAUCAGGACGGCGGUCAACAGACGGUGAAUUUGGAUCAACAGAGUGUGAGUUUUGGACAACAGGCUGGAACACAUGGUCAACAAUUGGGUAGCUAUAAUCAACAGUCCGGAACUCAUGGUCAACAUACCGGAGGUUAUGGACAACAAUCCGGAACACAUGGUUAUCAAGCCGGAGCACAUGGUCAUCAAUCCGGAACUUAUGGACAUCAGUCCGGAAUUUAUGAUCAACAAUCCGAAACACUUGGUCAUCAAUCUGGAGCACAUGGUCAUCAAUCCGGAAUUUAUGGUCAACAAUCGGAAACACAUGGUCAUCAAUCCGGAACUUACGGUCAUCAAUCCGGAACAUAUGGUCAACGGUCUGGAACACACGGUCAACAGUCUGGAACAUACGGUCAACAAUCCGGAACAUACGGGCAACACUCUGGAACUUAUGGACAACAUUCCGGAACUUUUGGUCAACAAUCCGGAUCUGUAGGUCAAGAGACAGUUCACGCUGGUCAACAACUAGGAAGUUACAAUCAACACGCCGGUCAUUAUAAUUCUGAACAUGGUCAUCAGACGUCCUACGAUCCUGUGGGUCAAGUCAGUCAACAAACAAAUUUAGAAGUUGAAAAUUUCAGUACCAGUGGUUGCACAAAGCAGUGCAUCAAUGGAAUCUGUUCAGGAAAUGAGUGCCAGUGUAAAAGGGGUUACAUGCUCGACGUAAACGAUCCAACUGAGUCAAGAUGCAUUCCCAUUUGUUUCGGAGGCUGCAAGAAUGGAGUGUGUACUGCACCAAAUGUUUGUUUAUGUAACGCUGGUUUCGAAAGGGAUCGCAGUAUUAAGGGCAGAUCCCACUGUGUUUUUAUAUCUAUAUCUUAUAAAGAAAUCAUGAAGCGUAUUAUAAUUAUAUUUGUGUUUAUGAUAAAUAUUAUAAAUCACAGUGAUGCUUCCUUAACCCCAACUACAGCGGAUUCUGUUUGUAAAUUAGAAUACAGCACCAGGGAAUAUCAAUUGGUUCCAUAUGAGGAAACCUAUCAGCAAAGAGUUUUAAAAUUUUUUUAUAAAAUAAAAACACGAAUAAAUUUCAGAAAAGAGUACUACACAUUUUGGCAUACAGGAGAUAAAUGUUGUCCAGGAUAUUUUGAAUAUUUAUCACAAUGUCGUCCAGUUUGUCAUCAAAAAUGUGAAAAUGCUGAGUGCAAAAGGCCAAAUGAAUGUCAUUGUAAUGUGGGCUACAGAAAAGAGGAUAAUGUCGAUAAUGUUUGUGUGCCAAUUUGCCAGAACGAUUGUAUUCAUGGGACAUGUACGAAACCAAAUAUUUGUACAUGUAAUUCUGGUUAUAGUUUAGAAUCCGAUGGUUAUACAUGUAAGCCAGUUUGCAGUGGUUCAUGUCCGGAAAAUUCAAUUUGCACUGCUCCGAAUGUAUGUCAAUGUAUCACUGAUUACAGUGUGAAAUCACAUGAUAAUGGUACAAAAAUUUGUUCGCCAAUUUGUGGACAAGAGUGCAUUAAUGGUGAAUGCAUUGCUCCCGAUGUUUGUCAAUGUAAGGAGGGUUAUUUUAAGGAGCAAGAAGAUUCAUUUUCUUGUAAUCCAAAAUGCAGGAAUCAAUGUUCAUUUGGCAUUUGUAGUGGUCCGGAUAUUUGCACGUGUUUUCAGGGACAUUCAUUGAUGGACGAUGGUUUUACAUGUAGGCCAGUUUGCAGUAAACCUUGCACAAAUGGCAAUUGUACAGCACCAGAUACGUGUACAUGUUUUGAAGGAUAUGGUAUUAUGGAUGAUUCUGAUUUGACAUGCAAACCAAUUUGCAGUUCGACGUGCGAAAAUGGCCAAUGUAUCGCACCCGAAACAUGCAGUUGUAAUACUGGAUAUAAAAUGGACAAUUAUUCAAAUUGUCAGCCAGUUUGUUCUGAUGUUUGUCACUUUGGUACAUGCACAGCGCCAAAUUCAUGUACUUGCUUCAAGGGCUAUGAGAAAAAAAAUUCUUCCAAUAAUGUCUGUGUACCAAUUUGUGAGGAAAAAUGCGAUAACAGCUAUUGUAGUGCACCAAACAUUUGUACAUGCAAUGAGGGUUAUCGCAUGAGUAACAGGUCAAAGUGCGAACCAGUUUGCACUAAACAUUGCUACAAUGGGAAAUGCUCAUCGCCAGAAAAUUGUACAUGUAACGAGGGAUUUAGAAAUAAUCCAAUUUUACCAAAUGUUUGCGAUCCAGUGUGCAAAAAUAUUUGCAAAAAUGCCCGUUGUACGGGACCGGAUAUUUGCACUUGCAAUGGUGGUUAUCAAAUGAAUAAUAAAUCUGAAUGUGAACCAAUUUGUUCCAAGGGAUGCAAAAAUGGAAAUUGUACAGCUCCGAACUAUUGCACCUGUUUCGAUGGCUACAGGAAGAAUGAGACGGAAAAUGUCUGUGAACCAAUUUGCGAGAUUAAUUGCGAAAAUGGAUAUUGCAGUGGUCCAGAAGUAUGCGAAUGCAAUGAUGGUUAUCGAAUAAGCAACGAAUCGAAAUGUGAACCCAUUUGCCCGCAAGGAUGUGAAAAUGGAAAAUGCACAUCGCCGGGAAAUUGUACAUGUGACGAGGGUUUUGAAAUAGUGGAAAACACUAAUACCUGUGUUGUUGAAUGCAAAUGCACUCAUGGCACUUGUCAAGGCGAUAAUGGAACUUGCGUGUGUGAUGAUGGCUACGAAUUGUUAGAAAAUGAAAAUUCAACUACUUGCAUUCCUGUUUGUGAUAAUGCUUGUAUUAAUGGUGAAUGCAUUGCUCCUCAACAGUGUAAAUGCCAUGACAACUAUAUCGUCAUAAAUAAUGAUUCAACUAACAAUAGUCAUAAUAAUAAUAAUUAUACCUGUGUCAGUAUUUGUGGCGUUGAUUGUAUUCAUGGUUUAUGUAAUUCCGAAGAAAAAUUAUGUGACUGCUAUUUUGGCUGGAGUGGAAGAAGCUGUGAAAUACCCACUAAAUGUGCAGCAAUAUUUGAGGAUGCAAUUUCCAGCGAAGUAUCAGAUAGUUUUAAUGAUACUGCAAACAAAGAAACUCGAAUAGAGACACAAUGGAAAGGUCCAAUUUGCAAUAAAAAUUGUUUACACGUCGACGCAAAUCAAACGGAAUGUUUCAAUCAGUCAUUAAUGUCCGAUAACACAACGUCGGUGUUAUGUUUUCUAAAUAUAGAUCUGGACUGUAAUUCACUCUCUUUAGAAAACAAUAGCUUAAGAAGUGGUUCAAUUUUAUGGUCCAAAAUUCAAUACGGAAUUUAUGUGGUAAUUGGAUCUGCGAUAUUAAUUGUCAUGUUUUUAUUCAUUCGACGAUAUAAAGGAAAACACGAAUCGAUAGCCGUUUGUCGAUCGGAUUCAUUUCUCGAGGGUGAAAAUUGUCUGAUGGAAGAGAAUGAGGAUAAUUUAUGAUCUAUAAUAAGUUAAUAAUUAUAUUAUUAUUUUUAUUUUUACGAUUUCUAUUAUUAUUAGUAUUUUUAUUAUUAGUUUUAUUAUUUGUUAUUAAAGCAAAAUGUACUUCGUUGAAAUUGACUUAUUAAGAGCUAAGAGCGUUGUAAUAAUUUUAUUAAUUUUAUAUAAUGAAAUAUUCUAUUGUAAGUUUCAAAUAAUUUGUAUAUAUAUAGUUGAAUAAAAUAACUUUUUUCUAAAA